AUGCGCAGGGCCAGGAGAGUGGGCAGCGUGGCGGAGGCGGCGGGACAAUGGCGGCGGCUGGAGCGGGAGGCGGGCCGUCGGCGCCUGCGGCGGCUUAGCGGGAGGCCCCAGGUCGGUGGGCUCGGCCGCCUCCUCUUCAGCCACCGCCAGCAGUGCCACCAGCAGCACCAGACGCCGCUGCGCCUCCUGACCAGCCCGCCCGCCUGGAGGGGAGGCCGAGGCCGCCACCCAUGCCCUGAGAGAAGCAAAGCGGAGCUACAAAGCUUCUUGGGGGUGCUCAACUUUUACCAUUCCUUCCUCCCCCACAAGGCUGCCCUCGCGGAGCCCCUUCACCGGCUGCUGGACAAGAAUGCCCCUUGGGUUUGGGGCAAACGACAGGCCGCCGCGUUUCAGGCGGUCAAGGACGUCCUGGUGUCCAAUGCGGUGCUCCACCAUUUUGACGAGGCCCUCCCCGUCAUCCUGGCAUGCGAUGCGUCGCCGUAUGGGGUGGGGGCAGUCCUGGGGCAUCAGCUGCCAGAUGGGAGGGAGGUACCGGUCGCAUACUACUCCCGCACGCUCACCCCAGCCGAGCGCAACUACGCGCAGAUCGACAAAGAGGCCUUGGCAAUCGUAGCGGGGGUCCGCAAGUUCCAUGAGUACCUAUAUGGGAGACGGUUCACAAUUGCCACAGACCACAAGCCCGCCGCACACAAGGGCUGCAUACUAUGGGGCAGUAGGGUAGUGAUUCCGCCCCCGCUCCAAAGGCGUGUUUUAGAAUCCCUACACGAGACUCACCCCGGCAUAGUGCGAAUGAAGGCUCUGGCCAGAAGCUACGUCUGGUGGCCGGGAAUGGACGGGGAGAUCGAGAGCUGGGUCCGCAGAUGCCAGACCUGCCAGGAAUCGCGGCCCGAGCCGCCCAGCGCCCCCGUCACUAGGUGGGAGUCCACCCGGAAACCAUGGUCGAGACUCCACAUCGACUUUGCGGGCCCCUUCCAGGGGCAAACCUUCAUCAUAAUAGUGGACUCCUACACCAAAUGGCUGGAGGUCAUCCCCGUAGGGUCCCCCUCGUCCACAGCCGCGGUCAGAGCUCUGCGCAGGGUCCUAUGCACACACGGCAUCCCGGACACCAUAGUCUCUGAUAACGGGGCCGCCUUCACCUCAGCCGACUUCCAGGCGUUCCUGCAAAGAUAUCUGAUCAGGCACAUAAGGUCGGCUCCCUUCCACCCGGCCACCAACGGCCAGGCAGAGCGGAUGGUCCGCACAACAAAGGAGGCCCUCGGC